AUGGCCAAAAAAUUUGUUUCACAAUUAACAUUAGAAGAAAAAUGUAAUAUGACAUCUGGAGUUAAAGGUCCAUGUGUUGGCAACAUUCUAUCUGUAUCGCGUCUCAAUUUUACUGGUCUUUGUUUCCAAGAUGCACCAUCCGGUGUUGGUGAUGGUGUUCAACGUUCAACUGCUUUUCCGCCUGGUAUACAAAUUGCAGCUACUUGGGAUCGAGAUCUAUUCUAUAAACGUGCUGUCGCAAUAGGGGAAGAAUUUCGCAGUAAAGGUCUUCAUUUUGCUUUGGGUCCAAUGAUGAAUAUCGAUCGAAAUGCUCGACAUGGUCGGAAUUGGGAAGGAUUUGGUGCUGAUCCAUACUUAUCAGGAGAAAAUGCAUUUUAUUAUGUUCAAGGUCUUCAAGAUCAAGGUGUUGUUGCAACUGCCAAACACUAUAUCUGUAAUGAACAGGAAACUCAUCGUUCCUCUGAUGCAUCACGUAAUCGAAUUCGUCCACAGGCGACUAAUUACGUGGCCUAUUCAGCCAAUCUUGAUGAUAAAACGAUGCAUGAAAUUUAUCUUUGGCCAUUUGCAUCGAGCGUUGCUGCUGGUGUGGGUUCGGUUAUGUGUUCAUACAAUCGAGUCAACGGUACACCAGCUUGUCAAAAUAAGAGAACUUUAAAUGAGCUGUUGAAAGAAGAACUUGGCUUUCUGGGCAAUGUGAUGUCUGAUUGGGGUGCAACAAGAAUUGGUGUCGAAUCAGUUUUAGGCGGUUUAGAUAUAGAUAUGCCAGGUGGUGACGGACUGAUGGGCAGUGUACUUGUACCAGCUGUUCAAAAGGGAACUAUUCCAGAAGCCAGAAUUGAUGAUAUGAUUACUCGAGUAUUAGCACCUUAUUAUCUUCUUGGACAAGAUCAAGGAUAUCCGACGAUCGAUUUAGAUCGAGAUGCAAUUGGAGAUCAUUACAAGAUUAAUCGUCAAAUUGGUAUGGCAGGCAUUAUUUUACUGAAAAAUAUCAAUCAUGUCUUACCAUUUAAUAUAACUACGAAUUAUUCCUUUCUUGUUUAUGGAGAAGCUGCAGGUCGAUCUAAACACGGUUUCGGUGAGGCAGGUUUGUUACAGCUUGGAGGAGCUUUAUAUCAAGGCGGAGGUUCAGGCUAUGUUGAACCAACAUACGCUGUAGAUCCUCUUACUUCACUUUUGUCCAAAGCUCGCAAGUCUCAUCUGCAAAUUCGAUAUAUCACGAACCAGUUGGAUGUUGACGUUAUUAAUGCCUCGUUCAAAUUUCGUGGCUUCGCUAAUGCUAAAUGUCUUGUUUUUAUUAGUGCUUUCUCCUCUGAAGGAGUCGAUAGAUUAGACCUUCAUGCUGCAGAUAAUGGUGAUUUACUUGUUAGAAUUGUUGCUUCAGGGUGUUCUCAAACUAUUGUCAUUGUCAAUAGUGUAUCACAACUUAAUCUUGAAGCAUGGAUUGAUCAUCCUCAUGUCGUGGGUGUCGUUUGGUCAGGUUUGCCUGGAUCAGAGUAUGGUCCAGCUCUUGUUGAUGUACUAUUUGGUGAUUACAAUCCAGGCGGCAAACUUGUUUUUACCUUGGCUAAACACGAAUCUGAUUAUGGCACUGAUAUUAGUCUAACUGAGAACUCGAAUUAUAGAGAAGGUGUGUUCUUAGAUUAUCGUCACUUUGAUAAAUACAACAUUACACCACGAUAUUAUUUCGGAUAUGGUCUUUCAUAUACAACAUUCUCUUUCUCUCAACUUAAUAUUUCAAAAGCUGCAGAAGGUCAGCAUACUGCUUCAUCACAAUAUCGACAACGCCAAGCAAGAUCUUAUGCUAAUAUUGGUAUUUCAAGAUUUUAUGAGCCUAUCUAUGAAAUAACAUUUGUAAUUACCAAUACUGGUAAAGUCUGUGGUUCAGAAGUGCCUCAACUAUAUCUCGGAUUUCCUUCUGAAGCCGAAGAACCACUAAAAGUAUUACGAGGUUUCGAAAGAGUGUACUUAGCAGCUGGUGAAUCCAAGCAAGUAUCGUUAGUACUAACACAAAAAGACAUUUCAUAUUGGAAUGUUGCGAAUCAGACAUGGACUAUUUCUCGUGGCACUUAUACAGUAUGGAUUUCAAACUCUGCAAAUAAUUCUGAUGUUAAACUUGAAAGUUCGUUUAAUAUUUGA